GACUAGUUUUCAGACGGAAAAAAACAUCACCCACCCGCCACGCCCCCUCAUCGAAGGUGAGGAGCAUCGCAAUGGCUUCCAACAUCCUUGGUUUUCUUCUCAUGUCCGCAGGAUUAUUCACGACUACAUUAGGCUAUGAGACAUGCGGCAUGUAUAAGAGAGACUCGGUAGUCUGUGAUAUUUGGAGAUCUGAGUUCUGCUGUGGGACCUGUGAUGAAAGAUACUGUUGCUCUGAUCCACAAAAAAAAUUGACUAUUAGAGCACAAACUCACUGUCAUUUCAAAGACAUCAGCCAUUUGCCUAAACGUUCUCCUCAAAGCGACGCUGUUUCUAUCGCUGUUGGUGCCUCCAUAAUAGGGCUUGUAGUCAUCAUCAUUUUGUUCCUCAUCUGCUGGGUUUGUCCACGCUGCUAUCUCUAUAAGAGGUUCAGAAAUCCUAGCCCUGUUAUUACGACUGCUACGGUCGUCGCGACACAAUACCUUCCCCAGCCUUCAGCCGUCAUUCAGGGCAGUCAGUACCUUCCCUGCCAGGCUUUGCCAAAUAACCCACCUUAUGGAGGCCAACCGAUUCCAGCUGGACCGCCACCCUCAUAUCUGGAGACUGUAGGUCCAGGGUAUACUUUUCCAUUCCAUGAUGGAGGACAGGCCACGCAUCUUCUACAGUCAUCGCUGCCCACAGACUACACCUCACCUCAACCAGCGUACAACCCUGCUUACACCGGUUCAGUCGUCAAGACCAGUAGCUAAAUCCAAACUGCUGCAUUCUGGAGGGUUACAUAUUUCUGCUCUGCUGUUGUGAAUUGUGCAGCUACUGUGGACACCAUAUUGUUCACCAUAGUGUUUACACUUGCUUUGAACACUUGAAUUUGUUUCUUUCUCUCUACUCUAACCAAAGAUAUUUCCAUCGUAGUUAUUGUGGCUCCUAGAUCAGUACAGAUAUUUUGCGAUUGUAUAUUUACUACGUUGUCAACUUGUCUAUCAAUUCAACUUAUGCCAAUCAAACUAAGCAAGAGUCAAGCUGACUAUCAGAGUUGAAAAAUAAAUGAUGCAUCUGGUUUA